GUUAAAUAUGGCGACGGCUGUGGGGGAGCCGGGAAGUUUAAACAACGGUUUUAUUCGUAACUUAAGCUAUCACGGCGUGAGUUCACGCCUUUAACUGGGAUACAAGAAUCAGAUGGUGUGAUAGCUUCACGUCUGAUGUUCUUGCUACGUCGCUGACACCUCCUUGUCAUAGGGAGAGGGUGGUUACGAAAGAGGAGAUGUGCGAGUCUGUGCAGAGCUCUACUGAAGGUGAAGAAGAGGUGUCCCAUGAAUCAUUGACAUGUGCUUGGGAGAAUGAGGUUGCAGUGGAUUCUAUUCCUAUGGCUGUGUCAUUGGAGUAUUGCUCAGUUACAAUUAAAAAAGAGUUUGAACCUGAACCUAAUUACGACACUAUAAAAGUUGAAUUUAGCGAUUCAAGAUCGCAGGAAGCCUUUGAAAGUCAAUAUGAACUUAUUAAAGUGGAAGUUGUGGAACCACAAUGUGACCUUCUUAAAGCAGAGCUUUAUGAUUCAAAAUAUAAUGAUGUUCCAGGGAACAGUUUUGAAUACCAUUCUGGACUUGUUAAAGAGGAAGAUGUUAAACCACCGUGUGACCUCAUUAAAGAAGAAGUUUGUGAUCCAAGAUAUGACCCCAUCAAGGAGGAGAUUUUUGAAUAUCAAUAUGGUUUGAUUAAAGAAGAGGCAACUACUUCCCAGAUUGACCUCUUUAAAGAGGUUUAUGAUUUGAGUCAUGACCUUUCUCAGGAAAGGGGGUUUGAGUACAAAUAUGUCAUUUGUAAAGAGAAAGCUGUUGAACCCUGUGGUAAUUUCAUUGAAGAGGACCUCAUUAAAGAUGUUCUUGAUUCAUCACUUGACCUAGUAUUAAAAUGUGAUCCUGCAAAAAAAUUAGAGAAAAACACAUUACAUCAAGAGUCGUGUUCAAGUAACAGAUACACAGCUGCUCUGAGAUCGUCUCAGAAGAGAUGCAACUGCCCUCAACAGACAGAAUCGUUAUGUGACAAGAAAGAAGGAUCUGGUGUGGAUGUAUCAAAGGAUAAGAAAGAGACAACAUGUUUUGGUCAUGAGCCAGGAAAAAUAAACAUGACCUGCAAAUAUGCAACUGAAGACCAGCAGCGUAUUCAUCUUACAGAGGACCCCCGUUAUACUAAAAGUGAUAUGUUGAUUAAAUCGGAAAAUCCAGAAGUACUACAGACGUACACAAAAAGUGUCCAAGACAGUAGAACCAAGGUUUUGAAGAGGGCCACCAAGUCAAAAGAACUAAAGAUUCCUUCUAGAACUAAUAGUACAAAGACAGUAAAUGACAGUGUGUGCUAUGAGAAGAUAUUUAAAAGGGGAAAUGUUACUAAGCAGGAGCAGAGUAUUCACACUAAAGAGACUAACCCCCAAAAGAGGCAAUAUCAUGGCACACAAUGUCCAAAAAGCUUCACAUCUUCAAGUCUUCUUAAAAAUCGCCAGUUAUUUCAGUCAUUGUUCUGUAGUGAAUGUGGAAAGAAUUUCAGAAGAAAACAUGAUCUUCAAAAACAUGAGAGAGUUCACACAGGAGAGAGGCCGUACAGUUGUGAACAAUGUGGCAAAAGUUUUACGCAAACAAGUCAUCUUUACCAACACCGGAGACGCCAUACUCCUGAUAAGCUGUGUCCUCCUAUUAAGAUAUAUAACUGUACAGAAUGUGGAAUGAAGUUCACAAGUAAAAAUGCAUUUCAGCUGCAUCAGAGAAUACAUACUAAAGCAAAUAUUUUCUCUUGUGCAGAAUGUGGUAAGAAGUUCACAAGGGAACAUGCUUUUCAAAAGCAUCAGCAAUUUCACACUGGAGAAAAAGCAUUUAUGAUGGGGCAAUAUAAAAAGAAAUUCACACAAAAGGGUCACCCUAAUUAUGAAAAAUAUCGGAGUACAGAGAACCCAUGCACGCAAAUUACAGAUAAGUUGUACUGCUGUACAGAAUGUGGAAAGACAUUCACAGUGAAGUAUACUUUUCACCAGCAUCAGCGUAUUCACACUGGAGAAAAUCUGUUCUAUUGUGCCGAAUGUGGCAAAAAGUUUAUUCGGAAACAUGAUUUUCAAAAACACCAGCGGGUGCACACUGGAGAGAGGCCCUAUUGUUGUGAACAGUGUGGAAAGAAGUACAAACAAAUAAGUCAUCUGCGUCAACACCAGAGGUCUCACACAGGACAGUAUUCAAACUGGUAUACUAUUGAGAGUGUGCACUGCUGCCGCGAAUGUGGAAAGACUUUCACCUCAAAGAGCGGUAUGCAAAAUCACCAGAAAUCCCAUCGCAGCAAAGAUUUGUUUUCCUGUAAAGACUGUGGAAAGGAGUUCAAGCUGAAGGCAAAUUUCCAGAAACAUCUAAAAGUUCAUUUUGAUGGAAAAGCCUAUUAUUGUAAAGACUGUGGAAAGACAUUUGUACUGAAAUCUGAGUUUCAGAAACACCAAAGAGUUCACAAUAUGGUGAAAGCACAUUGCUGUGCUGAAUGCGGGAGAAAAUUUACAAGGAAAUGUGAGCUUGAAAAACACAGUAGAAUACAUGAUGAAGAGAAGCCUAGAAGAAGCAGUAGGACACGGGUUUAAAGAAAUGAGCAAGUGAUAGAAACUACAUUAACGUCUUAAACUAAGACUUGUGGUAAGUGAAGCCUUUGAUUACACUGGACAACCUUUUUUCAGAGUUUUGCUUCCUGAAAUAUUUUGGUGAUUGUUAAAAACUGCUUCCAGCUGAACACUAAAAUUAUUGUGUACAAUUUGGAGAAGCAUUAAAUUAUCCUUUGUUGAAUUUAGUGUUUUAAUUGUUAAUUGAUGCUAACAAAGUUUUUCUGUUGAUUUGAAUUUUAUACUCUGCGUCUGAAGAUUCUAGUUUCAAUGUCCAGCAACAGUUGUUCAGUAUUGAUGAAUUUCCCUUGCCCUAUUACUGCUUUUCCAUUGUUUCACUCUCCUGGUGAGUCUUGUCACUAUUUUUGUCACUGACUGCACCAAGAUUAGCAGUGAAGAAGCCCAAGUGUGAAUGUAAAAAAUAAAUCUUUAAGCUACAUGCUUCACAAAUCAUGAAGUGCGACCUAUAUCUAGCUGGAUAUAAUUUGAUACUCUGUAGUUGCCGAGAAAAUACUUAACAUCCUUUAAUGUUUUCCAUUGAGAUUUUCUCCAGCCCCACUUGCAUAUCUUUGCAGCUCUUGGAUGUGUGGACUAACAAAAAUGCCUUCCUUAAUCUUGGCAUCAUUUUUUUGUGGAAACAUCUGUCUCAGAUAUUAAAAUCCUUCACCAUACUUUUUUUCAGAAAAAUGUUCUAAAAGUGUUCAAGGUGUAAAACUUUUGUUGUCCAGUAUUGCCUUCAUAUGGUGGGCUUCUUUCUUUUCUACAUAUUCUUGGUAAAAUGUUUCAAGCUAAUUUUAUAAUAGAAAAUGACAGAGGUGACACCUGCAGUAUGUAUGCAUUUAUGUUGGUAGAUUGUGGAGGACCUCUUCAUAGCCCAACUGACCUGGAAGAAAUCCAACAAGAGCAUAAAAGUAUUUUAAUUAAUAGUUUAUCAGCUGAUGUGUUAUAUACUCGUCAUGCAUGCAGUUAUUAAAAUAUGCUAUAAAAACACAAA